AUGAACGCAAGAAGGGUGUACGAAACUCCUGAGCUCAUGUCAAAUAUCCUCAAUCGAGUAGAAAGGGAACAUUAUUGGAGGGUCCUCACACUCGAACGAUCAUUCUUCAAUUCCGCUGUAGGGGUUCUGUGGAAAGAUGUGUCUUAUGAAAUAGCUAAGAAAUUUAUUUCUAGUCGUAUCUACCGAUCACAAGUUUACAAACAAUCCAUUCGAAAUAUCGUUGUUGUCUCGACGAAGUUACCCAGAGAUGAAAAGUCUCAACUAGCAUUCAUCAACAAACUCAUCAACCCGUUUCCAAACUUACUCCGGGCCGAAAGAAAGGACUCUUUGGAAAGCGCAGAUUGUGUUUGGGUUUUGAAGAAGACGGAUGAAGGGAAAUAUCGCGUUGAAGUUAGAUCACAAAUCGUUUUGACUAAGGAUUCGAUACCAAGAAGAACUAUUAGAGAAAUCGAGUACGACGGAAUGGACAUUCAUCGGUCAUCCGAGGUUGUAUUCAGGUCUCCUAAAUCUGAAGGAAGAGAUCGCAUACCUGUUUCUUUAGAACACGUAAAAUGGGUCGAAAAAUGGUUGAAAUAUCUCUUGGAUCCAACGAGACGUAAUCCUAGAAUAUGUUCUUUGAACACUGAUCAAAUACAUAUAGAUAUUGGAAAUUUAGGAAAAAUCAUGGGUUUCAAGCAUCAAGGUCAUUUACCCAUAUUGGAAUUAAGAGCUCCUUGUGUUCGAGGAUUCGAUGUCGAUCAAUUGGAAUCAUUCUGUAAGAUACUUUCGAAAGAUCUAGUUGUUUUGAAAUUAGAUCAUGAAAGAAUCACUGGAUGUCGACUAAGACUUGAUAAAAUCGAUAAGGUCAUCCAGAUUUUCACAUCUUCAUUCCCAAAAUUGAGGUAUCUUGAAUUCUCUUUAACGAUAGCUGAACAAGGAAGAUUUAUACCUGUAAAUCAAAUUCCCAUCGUGAAAGAAGAUAUAACGAAUCAGAUGAAAGAUAUGAAACGUGUAGUUGUCAAUAUCUAUUCGCAUUAUACGGGAACAGAUUUUCGUUAUGCUUUUCCCGUAGAUGAUGUAGCUCAAAAUCUAGCUUAUCUAGGUGCAGGCGAGAACUGCAUAUAUGAGCUCAGGAAUAAAAGUGCUGUGUUUUUGGGUUGUAAUGUAAGUAGGGAGUUGAAUCGGGCAGUCCAUGAAUUUCAAAGGCUCGCUCCAGAUGGAUUGAUUGAUCUGCAUGCGCAUGAUCUCCCACCUUCGUAUAGCGGUCCCUAG